AUGUUCACCGUCUAUCUGAUACCGUACCUCACAUCCGAGCUCGGCUUCACCGUCUCCCAGGUCUCGUUAGUCCUGCUCGCCGGCCCGCUGUCCGGCUUGACGGCGGCCCCCGUCAUGGGUGUCCUCAGCGACCGCUCCGGCCGCCGCCUCGGCCUUUUCACGACCGGCUGCGUCGCUAUGGCCGCUUGCCAGAUCGUCCUGGCAUGGUCCCGCGACAUCGUCGGCGGCGACCCGGCCGCGGCCAGAUGGCUGAGCGCCGCCGCCGUCUACAUGGGCUGCAUCAGUGCGCGCGCUUCCAUCGUCGGCCAUCGCGCCAUGGCCAUUGACAACAUCCCACCCCGGCAGCAGCCUGUCUUCAACCUGGCGAGCGGGCUCAUGUCCGCCUCGGGCGCCAUCGCCACGCUUGCCGUUGGUCUCGUUAGGCCUUCCUUCCGGGCCAUCACCGCUAUAUGUGUCGUCUCCAUCACACUUAGCAUCUUUCCUUGUGGGCCGUCCGCAAGCCGCGUGGGGCGCAUCGCCGACCCGCUGUCCGGGGAGAGAGUACCCGCUUCGGGGCGUUGUCGGCCGUCUUGUCGGUUCCACGGGCGGCGUGGGACGCGGCACGACAUCUUCCCCCCAGAAUCCGCCGCACAUGCAAAAUCCAGAUCCUGUCCCAAUGUCGCCACACGUGGAGAAGGUUCCGAAGCCGUUGCGCCGGAAAUCAGCGCGCGGGCCGGCGUCCGCGUCCUCCUGAUCGCCGAGGUCGGCGCCGUUCUGCUGCAGAUGACUGUCGUCCGCUUCUGGGACGCGUCGUCGACAUCGGCGAGCCCUCUUCGUCGGUUCAUGGACGAGGACAUGGUUGCGCUGCGGCGAGUGUGGGCCCUGGCCUUUGCGGCGUUGGGCGUGUCGACGCUCGCCGCCGUAGUGUUCCGGGCUUCGUUCGCGGCGGCGUCCAUCUGCGCCGUCAGCAUCAUGACCAUCUCGCCCCUGAGUGUCUGGGUGCCCUUCACCAUCAUCUCGUACGAGGCAGCCCUGGUUCACGGAGAGAAGGAUGGCGACCCGUCCACCCCCUGGGGGUCGUCGGCCACCUUCUUUUCUCUCCACGAGAUGGCCAUCACAGUCGGCCAGGGCCUGGCUGUCUUGAUGAGCGGCGUCAUAAGCUUCGAACUCGAGCACAUGGUCACGGGAGCUAGGAACACGACAGCCUUUCUGUUUCCUCCCGCCGUCGUCGCUGCCAUGGUCGCUGCCCUCCUGUGCUAA